AUGACUACACUAUUAUUACCUCUGGUGUCGACAGGUAAUGUUCCCCAACUUUCCACGGAUCUUUUGCUGCAUUCGCUGAGUCCCCGGUUCAAAUUCGUUCAAGAACUGACCAGUUUGCAUCUUUACCCAUUUGUUGGUCCCCUAGAUCACGUACCGGGCCAGAAAGCAGCCCUGUACGAUUCCGUAACAGACAAAAGGUAUACGACUGCUUUAGAGCUUUUUUACGACCAACAGCGCGAUCUUUACGUUGUACAACAGAGAUCGCCAGUUCUUCAACAUUAUGAGAACAAUUUCUGUAAAGAAGUCGUCGCUCCGCUUGUCAAACAAUUACGGGUGCAGCAUGUUAUAGUGUUGGAUUCUACUGAGGGUGUUGAGGAAGCCCUUGCACGCCGAAACUUACCUGACCCAACCAGUUAUCGUUAUUCCGUGGGCACUUGCGAUUUGUCCGAAUUCGAAAACGUUGCCCAGGAAUUCCAGGACAGACUGCACAUUGAUGAGAAAUCGAACACUUCUCUAAAUACUACGCUGUUUCGAUUUUCGGAAACCAGUUUCCAAAACGGCAUCACCACCGAGCAAUUUGUAUUUAAACUGUGCUACCAUCUCACGCACGCGGCGUCGUUACAUGCGGUACUAACAAAAAUUACAUACGUGAACGUGCUGGUCCAGGAAGGUGACAACUCUGAAGAUGCGGCCGCCGCGUGUCAGAACUUGCACAGACUCGCACCCGAGAUCCCUUCCGUUUCUGAACUCCACGCUCCUGCCUCUUGGAGCGGGGUUUAUGGCGUCCGGGACGCUCCUACUGCGUUUGACGAAGGUUUGUAUAUUUGA